CAAAAAUGUGGUCCAUUGCAGUCUUGUUUGAUUUUUUCCGAGCGCAGCUCUGUAGCGUUUUAAUCUUUUCUUCUACCAGCCCCAUAAAAAACCCAAUUUAUUGUCUAAUAAAUCGCUGACUGUGCCUACCAGUACCACUACACUUAUUCUGCCUCUAGUCCUCCUGCUCUCUUUUUCCUUUUCGUCUAUCCUCCUUCAGAGUCAUCUUUUCUAUUCGCAUUCCUUCCCGCCCUGACCGUAUCGAAAGAAGGACAAUCAAAAUGGCCAAGCACGACCACGACCACCACGACCACGCGUGUUCGCACGCGACCCAGGAUUCCUCCGCGUCCCUGCUGGGCUGGUACGACUUUGCCUGGUCUGGCGGUUCCUUCGAGGUGUGCUUCCGCCCGGGCGGCCACUUCUUUGCGCCGAAGUUCCAAGCGGCGUCUAAGUGGGAGUUGGUCGUGCAGAACCAGGAGGCGGGCGGCCACGAUCAUCACGACCAUACUAGUAGCCACGCCAAUGGACACGACCACGGUGGUCACAAGGACCACGACGGCGACCACGACAUGGGCGGUUGCGGGCACGAUCACGAGGGCGGUUGCGGCCACGACCACGACGGCGGCAGUGCCUCUGCGGGGCACCACGACCACGGACACGGGGGCCACGAUCAUGGCGGGGACGACCACAAGUGCAGUGGCGGACACAGCCACGAGGAGAAAAAGAAAUACCUGGUGAAGAUUGACUGGGGCAAGAAGUUUGGGCAGUACGAGCUCGAGUUCGACCCGGCGCACAAAACCAUGGCCGGGGGGUGCGUGUCCAACCCGACGCAGACCAAGUAUGGCGUUCUCAAAUGUUACAUUCUCAACUGUUACAUAAAUUUGUCAUGCAAGAACGGCAAAAGUGAAAAGAAAGGGCGAAGAUUGCGCCUUUUGCAUUACAGAUUUGGCACAGAUUUCGAUGCUGUUUAGCCCUUCGUAGAUUUGCCAUGCGAAGCAGCUUGAUCGCGGCGAUCUUGGUGGUACUUAAAUUUGCAUGACAAAUCAUGUAACAGUUGAGAAUGUAACGCUUGAGAGUUCCAUACCAAAGAGCAGGACUGGCGCAAGGCGCAGUUCAAACGGCCGUUCUCCCCCGUGGAACUCGCCCUGUUCGGCGAGGGCGCGGGCAGUGAGUGGAUGCUGCAGUGGGAGAAGGGCGAGUUUUAUGGAUUGCAAAUAUGUCUGGGUCUGGAAGGAUGCAACUUGUGAUGCGCAUUUCACAACACAGAAAAAUCUGUCAUGCAUAGGCAGCAAAAGCUGCCCACUUUCUGUCACCAAAAUGGGGCAUUUGUCAUGCGGAUUCCGCAUUGCGGAAGCUUCUCGAAACGUGUGAUGCUAAAGCUUCCAUGCUAGACCUUCUGUGUCAUGCAAAAGCAGCAUGACACUUCCAGACCCAGACACUUUUGCAAUCCAUAAGUUUCCCAUCGUCUUCAAGUGCGACGGCUACAACCACUUCCAGUGCCACCAGUUCCCCGCGCACGCGCACUGGGAGCUGGAGGGCGACAACAAGUUGAGCAUCUUUUGGGAGAAGUACGGCAACUACGAAUUGGUUGUGGACCCAGUCACGAAAACCAUGUCGGGCUCCGCCAAGGGCGAGCCGCAAAACUGGCGGAAGGCCCGCUGGACCGGCAACCUGCCCUUCAUGGGCACGACCGUGACCGAGGAAUGCAGUCAUCAUCACCAUUAAGAAGCGCAAGAGUAGAACAAGGGAGGAAAGCAAACUAAGUACCGACGUGGUAUGAACAAAGCUACGCACCAUGCGCAACGGUUUUUGAUAUUACGUCAUGGUAAACGAAACAGGAACAGAGUCCUUCCGUCGACGCGUUUCUUUCUAUAGCACGGGCUCCUGAAGAGUGGUUUUGGUCGAGAAAGUGAAAGUUAUUGAAGUUGUUGCUCUGGCGACGGUCGGAGUAAGCGAAGCGAUCUUCUGCGAGAUUGCACUUUCCCUUCCUUCCUGUUUUAUACGAUGCACGCAAUAUUUUCUAAUGUUGCCACGGAAACACACGAACUGUUACUCGAUCUGGUUUUAUUUCGAUGCCAUUAUGCCGCGAUAGGCUUUAUGCAAACAGCAACAAGACUCUGGAUCUGCGGGUGGUCGUAAUACAAGUAGGAAAAAAAUGAAAUCCACUAGAGGAGCAAACUGCCUUGAGGUAGCUUUGGUUCAUCACUACAAGUCUCAGUGGCUGCAAGCACACCCGCGAAAGACACUACGGAUAUGGAUGGUUUUAGUUGUUUGUAAGAUCGACUUCACGACGACAUGCACCAUUCAAUCUCAAGAUGAUAUACCCCAGAAGGUUUAAGAUUCUCCUUUCUCCAGAAGGCCCCGUCGGUCUCUCUGUACGCGACAUGACAUCUUCAAACGAGGCUUUGCAAACAAGAAAAUGUAUGAAGCAAGCUCUCGUCGAGAGCCGAAUCGUCCCUUUCUCUCAGUGGUUUAUUUUAACGCAGAAGUAGUUCUUAUUCAGUAUCAGUUGUAUUUUUCCUGGUUAUACAUGCUAAAGAACUCUCUCCCCACGACAAUGAACGAGGAAAUUGAAGCAAGCAAAAGCGGUACGAAAAGGAACAAGAAGAGCCACUUGAUGAUGCUUCAAGAGCAGCUGGCCUAAGAGGCAAAAAGAAGGCCUAUGAUUCGCACCAAUCAGGCUGGCCAUAGGAUGGUUUACGAGAUUCAACAAAUUGGUGAGCUUGACUUGUUUUACAAACCGACAACAUCAAUAAAAAAUCACACUAAC